GUUUUUAAAAGAAUCACAGCAAUAAUUAAGUGCCCAAGAAAUUAUUAACUUUUCUAUAUAUAAAUCUCUCUCUCUCUCUCAGAGUACACUCGAUCGUAUAUAUUCACUAAUAUAUAUGACUGCUUGUAAUAUGAGAUCAACUGAGUUUCUUGGUACCCAAAUAGGUCCACACAUGAGUAGUGGCUAUUUGAGUGUUAAGAUCAGAAGAAAUGGCAAUGCCAAGGUGGUUCGUGCAGUAGCUGUUGAUCACAGCAGUACUGUGGUUAAGGAGGUUUCGGGGAUACUGAGGACGACAUUGACACCAAUUCCACGAGUAGUUGAAACCGAGAAAAGGAAGGUCAGUGCUGAUGAUGAUGAUGGUGGUGGUAAUGAUCAUCUAGGAAGGUUUGGUAGGUUCGGAGGGAAGUACGUGCCGGAGACUUUGAUGGCUUGUUUGAGCCAGCUUGAAUCCGAAUUCAACUCGGUUUUAAAAGACACCGAAUUUCAGGCAGAGCUCGCAACAGCACUAAGAGACUAUGUUGGGAGAGAGACACCUCUCUACUUUGCCCAGAGGCUCACAAAUCGCUACAAGAACAGCAACGGAGAAGGACCCCAUAUAUAUCUAAAACGAGAGGAUCUCAACCAUGGUGGAGCAUACAAGAUGAACAACGCCAUCGCACAGGCGAUGAUUGCCAAACGCUUGUGCCGAAAAACUGUGGUGGCAGCCACCGGUGCUGGGCAGCAUGGUGUCGCAACAGCUGCUGCUUGUGCCAAACUUUCUUUGGAGUGCACCAUCUUCAUGGGUACCAAAGACAUGGAAAAACAGUCUUCUAAUUUGCACUUGAUGAAGUUGCUGGGUGCCAAUGUUGUAUCCGUGGUUGGAAAUUUUAAGGAUGCAAGUUCGGAGGCCAUUCGAAACUGGGUAGGAAAUCUAGAAACCAGCUAUUACUUGUCUGGCACAGUGGUGGGGCCUCAUCCAUGUCCAAGCAUAGUACGCGAAUUUCAAUCGGUGAUUGGAAAGGAAACGAGGAGGCAAGCAAUGAAGAAAUGGGGUGGAAAGCCUGAUGUAUUGCUUGCCUGUGUAGGGAGUGGCUCUAAUGCUUUGGGGCUGUUCCAUGAAUUUGUUAAAGAUAAAGAUGUGAGGUUGAUUGGGGUUGAGGGUGCAGGGUUUGGCUUGGAAAGUGGCAGGCACUCUGCAACUCUGGCUAGAGGUGAUGUUGGUGUUUAUCAUGGAGCCAUGAGCUAUUUGUUGCAAGAUGAGGAAGGUCAAAUUCUAGAGCCAUACUCUAUUGCUGUGGGACUGCAGUACCCUGGGGUUGGCCCGGAGCUGAGCUUUCUCAAAGCCAGUGGGCGUGCGGAGUUCUACACUGCCACAGACCAGGAAGCCCUAGAUGCAUGCCAACUUUUAUGUAGAUUGGAAGGUAUAAUUCCCUCAUUGGAGGCCUCUCAUGCAUUGGCGUUUCUAAAUAAACUGUGUCCUUCAUUACCCUCUGGCACAAAGGUUGUAGUAAGUUGUAGCGGACGUGGAGACAAGGAUGUUGCAACGCUUUACAAUUCCAAUCAUUGAUGUUGCUUAAUGUAGCAACGGUUGCCUAUUUUCUUACUACUUGCAAAUGAAUGUAAGGCACCCAAAAAGGUGUAUAAAUCUGAACACUUGCGAAUCUACGUUUUAGACUAGUAGUUCUGGAAAUGCGUACAAUAUGUACUGCACGAUUGUAAGAAAUAUUCGUCGAGUAUUUUGGAUGAUACAAGUGAUUUAACCAA